GGAAUUGUGGGAAAAUAUUGCUUAGUUCCGAAUGAGGUAAAACUAGGUCACGUUACAUUGCGUUAAGGUGGAUACGUCACAACUGGAAUAAUUAAUUACUCAAAGAACUAUCAGGUCUUAACCAUGGAUGACAGAGCCAUGGGUAAGUGGCGAAGCGAUACAAACUCGCUGGACGGUGUAAGCAGCGGUCCUGGAAUGUCUAUGGGCAUGGACCUGGGAGGUAUGGGCAUGACCAGCCCAAUCUCCUCAGUGGGCUCAAUGUCACCUGACGUGAAACCGGACAUCUCGUCCCUCUCAGUGACCUCCCCGCCCGGAUCCUACUUCAGUUAUGGCAUGCACCCCGGCAUGGUAUCAUCGUCUGGUUCGGGUUCCAUUCAUUCUCCUCCACUGCACUCUCCAUCGUCAUCAGUAACGUCCCCAUCGAUGAUGUCGAUAGGGUCGCCCGGAUCGGUGGGGUCGCCACCCAACCCACACAUGCCGCAUUCUUCCCUCAGUAACAAACACAUCUGCGCGAUCUGUGGGGACAGGGCUUCUGGCAAACACUACGGUGUCUACAGUUGUGAAGGCUGCAAGGGGUUCUUCAAGCGCACUGUACGUAAGGACCUGACGUAUGCAUGUAGGGACGAUCGCAACUGUAUGAUAGACAAACGUCAGAGAAACAGAUGCCAGUAUUGCCGCUACAUGAAAUGCCUCAGCAUGGGAAUGAAACGGGAAGCCAUUCUCCUUACAGCGGUCCAGGAGGAGAGACAGAGGAACAAGGAGAAGGGUGAGGUGGACAACGACAACGUCAACGCCAACGCUGACAUGCCUGUGGAGAAAGUGCUGGAGGCCGAGCUGGCUGUGGAGCCAAAAACAGACACGUACAUUGAUGCUCAGAAAGACGCAGUCACAAACAUCUGCCAGGCUGCUGACAAGCAACUCUUCACAUUGGUUGAAUGGGCCAAGCGCAUCCCUCACUUCACAGAGCUGCCCCUUGACGACCAAGUCAUACUGCUGCGUGCAGGCUGGAAUGAGCUCCUCAUCGCGGCUUUCUCGCACCGCUCCAUCUCGGUCAAGGAUGGGAUCCUGCUGGCCACGGGGCUCCAUGUACACCGGAGCUCCGCACACCAGGCAGGUGUGGGGACGAUAUUCGACCGCGUCCUGACAGAGCUGGUGUCCAAAAUGCGUGAGAUGAAGAUGGACAAGACGGAGCUCGGCUGCCUGCGGGCCAUCGUGCUCUUCAAUCCUGAUGCCAAAGGUCUCACAAGUGUUCAGGAGGUGGAACAACUACGGGAGAAAGUGUACGCAUCUCUGGAGGAAUACUGUAAAAACCGAUACAUCGACGAGCCGGGAAGAUUUGCUAAGCUGCUUCUACGCUUGCCAGCUCUCAGGAGCAUAGGGUUAAAAUGCCUCGAACAUUUGUUCUUCUUCAAAUUGAUUGGAGACACCCCAAUAGACACGUUCCUCAUGGAAAUGCUGGAGACGCCAAGUCCUGCUUCGUAGUUCAUUCAUUCACCUGUGCUAUAGUUGACAUGUUCACGUUUUACUAUGUAAAUAUCUGGAAAAUUAUAUAUAUAGUGUGAUUUGUAGUUUUCUGUUGAUUAACUUUAAAAUUGUGCUACAGAGAUGUUGAAAUUUCUUUUUAUUGGUAAAUUUGCAGUGUUUUACUAUUUGCAAAAAUGUUUCCUGAUGGAGCGCCAUUUAUUAUAGAUUUUAUUGUGUUUUCAAAUAUCUCAGUACAUUUGUAUAUUGGUUUUUAGUUACACAGAUUCACAUUUUGGAUAGGUCAAUGGAAGACAUUUCUGAAUGUCAUGGGUUAAAAAUGUGUGGAAGUUUUGAGUUUGCUUGUGUUUUAAUAAUUGCUAUAUUUAUAUUUUUGUUGGUGUUUUUAAUAAUUGGUGAUUGAUGAUUUAAAUUUAGUUGGAAUAGUCUUUCCGCCAUAAUUCAUUAAAAAAAAAUUGUAAUAUUAUGAGCAGCUUUUUCCACAACACUUUAGUUAGUUCAUGUUGGCCAUUAUUAAAUAAAAACAAAAUGAUUAUUUCCUAUGUUUUGCAGUUUGUCUGCAUUGUAAAAGAAAUGUUGCAGAGGUGAAAUCAUGGACAUGAACUGUGAAAUCAGCUUUUUCAGUUAUAUUGCUUUCAAUGUCAGUUUAAUAGUUAAACGGACUAUAUUUACUAGUGUUGUUAUUUGCACUUUACAGGUAUAUGAGAAUAUUCUAGAAAGUGAUUUGAUUUGUUCAUAUCAAUUAAAAAGUGAGUGUUGGUAAAAUGAUAUGCAACCAGAAUCAAAUCAUAUUUUAAACUGUUUAUAAAUCUAUGUUUAAGUUACUUAUUUGGAAGCAUUUAUUAAAGUUUCUUAACUGUCCCUUUGUCUGGGAAGUGGUAAAAACACUCACUGAAAGUACAUUUUUUAAUACAUGAGUUUGCUGUGCUGUGUUAAAAAGUGUCAUUGAAAUCACUUUAAAUCAUUGUACUUCAUUUUCAUAAAUUAACAACAGCAAAUAUGAACCUUUUUUGGAAGUAUAGACAUACUUUCACUCCAUUUGAUUUUGAUAUUUGUUCACCUUAGAACUUACAAAUAAAGCAGUGUGUUAAAACGGGGUCAGGAACCAAGUAAGCCCCAGUUUUUCCACCAAUGUUCUUCAAAUACUUCUUGCAUAUAGGACAUGCAGUGUCCCGUGAACGAAUUCACAUUGGUUUUAUGCCGUAUGCGGCCAGCAUAGCUCCAGACAAGCCUUCACAUAAAUGCAGUCUGGUCAC